CUGUGCCCACAGCUCUGUCGAAGAUGCACUGGUCACCAGAGCAUGCCCAGUCCCUGAACCAGUGGCCGGAGCAGCACCUGGACGUUUCCUCCACCACCUCGUCCCCAGCCCACAAGUCGGAGCUGUACCCCAGCAGCCGCCAGCGCUUCAACUACGCCUGGGCCAACGAUGACAUCUCGGCUCUCACGGCCUCCAACCUGCUCAAGAGGUACGCCGAGAAGUACUCGGGGGUGCUGGACGCGCCCUACGAGCGGCCCCCGCUCGGCGCCUACGGGGACGGCGCCUUCGGCCCCGUGAACGGCCAGAAGGGGGACGGGGAGCCCUGGCCGGGGGCGCACGGCUCGGACGGCGCCUUCCCGCUGGCCCCGAUCCACGAUGGGCUGGCGGCCACCAAGGCAGCGGUGCCGCCGGCGGGCAGCGGGGCCGUCGGGCUGGGCGGCUCCGCGGUGGUGCCGCCCAACCUCAGCGAGCCCGUGUACGCCGGCAAUUCCUGCGGGGCGGCCGCCGCCCCGGGGGCGUCUCAGGAGUACCCCUCGGGUUACGGGGGCACCUACUUGCCCUCCGGCUACUGCGCGCAGCCCGCGGCGGCGCUGCCGCCUCCGCACCCCCAAGCCCUGCACAGCUCGGGGCUCCUGCAGCCCCCGCACGCCUCGCCCGCGCUGGUGCCGGGCUACGGCUCCUCGGGCUCCGUGUACAACUACGGCAGCGGCAGCUACGCGCCCCAGCCGGGCUACGGGGGCAUCCACCCGCCGCACCCCCCGGCCUCCUACCUGCCCUCGGGCAUCGCCGCGCCCACCCCCAUCCCGGCCCCGCCGCCCCCCGCCCGCCCCGCCUACGGCUACCAGAGCGCCGGGCUGGGCGCGCUGGCCGUGCCGCCGCUGGGCACCGAGGCGGCGGGCGCGCUGAAGAGGAAGGCGUUCGACAUCGGCGGGGAGGAUGACGGCGAGGGCAGGUACAGGAAAUACAGCUACGAGCAGCCAAAGUCUCCCUACGCCCUGCCGGACAACGGCGAGUGCCGCGGCAACGGCUUCGGCGGCGGCGGCGAGUCGCCGCAGGUGGCCUUCAAAGGGGGGAAGCGGCCAGCGGGAGCGGCGGCCGGCGACGAGCACACGGGCAAGUUCGGCGGGCAGCAGCUGAAGGCGGUGGUGUCUCCGUCCUACGGCUCCAGGGACGCUGCCCUGCGGCCGGCAGAGCCCUUCGGCAAGUUCAGCCCGCCGCUGGCCAACGGCGAGCGCGCCGCCGAGCCCGGGGCCGCCUUCCCGCUGCGGCCGCCGCCCAAGGCCGUGGGGUUCCUGGAGGAGCAGCCCAAGAACGUGGACCCGCUGCUGCUGGAGCUGGUGAACACCAAGGUGGUGGAGCGCGGGCCGCCGGUGCAGUGGUCGGACAUCGCCGGGCAGGGCUCGGUGAAGGCGGCCAUCGAGGAGGAGCUGCUGUGGCCCAUCCUGCGGCCCGGCUCCUACGGCGGCGCCGGGCACCCGCUGCGGACCCUGCUGCUCUUCGGGCCCCGCGGCACCGGCAAGACGCUGCUGAGCCGCUGCAUCUCCACCCAGCUGGGCUCCACGCUGCUGCGGCUCAGCGGCACCACCCUGCUCUCCACCUGGAAGGCCGAAGCCGAGAAGAUCCUGCAGACCGUGUUCCUGGUGGCCAACUGCCGCCAGCCCUCCGUGGUGCUCAUCACCGAGGCCGAGUCCCUGCUGGCGGCGCGGGCGGGCGAGGACGGCGGCCAGCUGGGCAACCUCAAAUCUCAGCUCCUCUCUUACCUGGACGACGUGGCCGCCUCGUCGGAGCAGAACGUGGUGGUGAUCGGCACCACGGCGCGGCCGGGCAGCAUGGACGAGGCGGCGCACCGGCGCUUCGGCACCCGGCUGUACAUCGCGCCGCCCGACGGCGGCACCCGCCGCCUGCUGCUGCGCCAGGCGCUGGCCCGGCACGGCUGCAGCCUGGGCGAGCGAGAGCUGGCGGCGCUGGCCCAGCGCACCGAGAGCUUCUCGGUGGCCGAGCUGCUGCGGCUGUGCCAGCAGGCGGGGGCGGCGCGCCGGGCGCUGCCGGGACCCCCCGGCCCCUUCCAGGAGCUGGAGAAGGCGCUGUGCAAGGUCGGCCCCGCCGCCUCCCAGAAGGAGCUGGACUUGUUCCUGGAGUGGGAUAAGAUGUACGGCACCAGGCACUGA